GUGACUGACUAGUGAAGAAGACUACAAUGUGGCGCCGGAGCUUCAGUACAUUACCGAAGAAGAAAUGGGACGCGGUGGUGAUCGGAGGUGGCCACAACGGAUUAACAGCCGCGGCUUACCUGGCACGCGGAGGUCUCUCCGUGGCUGUUCUCGAGCGCCGUCAUGUCAUCGGUGGUGCGGCAGUAACGGAGGAGAUCGUUCCUGGAUUCAAAUUCUCACGCUGCAGUUACCUUCAGAGCUUACUUCGUCCUUGUAUCAUUAGAGAAUUAGAGUUAGGCAGACAUGGACUUAAGCUUCUCAAGAGAAGUCCUUCAUCGUUUACACCUUGUUUGGAUGGUCGUUAUCUUCUUCUUGGACCUGAUCAAGAUCUUACUCAUUCUGAGAUUUCAAAGUUCUCCAAACAUGAUGCUCAUGCUUACCCAAGAUACGAGAAGCAGCUAGAGAGGUUUUGUGGAUUCAUGGAUCCUCUUUUGGAUGCAACUCCACCUGAAUCUCUGCAAGGUGCCUCUUCUUUUAAUGAUAAGUUGAGCAACAAAAUGUACAAAUCUGCUUUUUGGGCUCGUUGUCUCCGGCAGGCGGUUUCUCUGGGGCAUAAAGAUAUGGUGGAUUUUAUGGAUCUUUUAUUGGCCCCAGCUUCAAAAGUUUUGAACAACUGGUUUGAGUCUGAUGUCCUGAAGGCGACUCUUGCGACAGAUGCCGUGAUUGGAUCUACGGCUAGUGUCCAUACUCCGGGAAGUGGAUAUGUCCUCCUACAUCAUGUGAUGGGAGAAACAGAUGGAGAGAAAGGCAUUUGGUCUUAUGUUGAAGGUGGGAUGGGCUCUGUCUCCAUGGCUAUAGCCAAUGCUGCAAAGCAAGCUGGUGCUGAGAUUUUCACAAACGCAGAGGUUUCUGAAAUACUAACUGAGGACUCUAGCAUCGUGAAAGGGGUUUUGCUUGCUGAUGGUACACGGGUGGAGUCAUCGGCUAUACUGUCCAAUGCUACCCCUUACAAAACUUAUGUGGAGUUGGUUCCGACCAAUGUUCUUCCUGAAAAUUUCAUCGGUGCUAUUAAGAACUCAGAUUACAGCUCUGCAACUACCAAGAUAAACUUGGCUGUUGACAAAUUACCACAGUUCCAGUGCUGCAACACAAAUCAUUCAAGUCCAGGUCCAGAGCAUUUUGGCACUAUACACAUUGGUGCAGAGAGCAUGGACGAGGUUCACUCAGCAUGUCAUGAUUCUGAAAAUGGCUUACCAUCGAGAAGACCAGUGAUCGAAAUGACUAUUCCAUCCACACUAGACAACACCAUUUCGCCCCCAGGGAAGCAUGUAAUCAACUUGUUCAUCCAAUACACUCCUUACAAGCCAUCAGAUGGAAACUGGGAAGAUCCUACUUACCGAGAAGCAUUUGCACAAAGGUGUUUCAAACUGAUUGAUGAAUAUGCACCCGGGUUUAGCUCAUCCAUCAUUAGCUACGACAUGUUGACUCCUCCGGACCUGGAACGGGAAAUUGGUCUAACAGGCGGAAACAUCUUUCACGGUGCCAUGGGAUUAGACUCUCUCUUCUUGAUGCGCCCUGUGAAAGGAUGGUCAAAUUACAGAAGCCCUUUGAAAGGUCUCUACUUGUGCGGCAGCGGAGUUCAUCCUGGAGGCGGAGUUAUGGGUGCACCUGGAAGAAACGCUGCACAUGUUGUUCUUCAAGACUUGAAAAAAAUCUAGCGAGGUUAAUCUCUCAGACUGUGCAAUGAUAACUCUCAUGUGUAAGUUGUUUGCUAUUGCUCUGAAACCUCUGUCUUAAACAGAGGCUUACAGACUCAUGGACUCAGUUGUUAUCAACGAAUAAUAAGCCCUCCACGUGUAGCUUAAGUGCUUAACCUAAUUCAACAAA